AGCCUCAUAGUCUGAUGGAAGUGGCUGUUAAGUACUUGAAUUUACCGUGUACUUCUUAUUUCCCGCAAUCAUACAAAAACAGCACCAAUCUUACACGAUUGCGUAUUACGAUUCGAUUAUUACAAAAAGAAAAGAAAAUAGUUGGUCGAUUUUGGGGUUCGUUCUUAGGCUUCCCAUCCCAAAAUAUACCGUGAGACUGCAGAAAUGGGUGUGUCCGAUCGAUGGUGGAUCAGUAGGGCGGUUAUUUGCUUGCUGAUAAUUCCGAGAAUUAAUGGUUGGGGAAAAGAUGGCCACUACGUUAUUUGCAAGAUUGCGGAGAAUUAUCUUACGGAGGAUGCUUUAGCUGCAGUCAAAGCAUUGCUUCCAGAUCAUGCUGAAGGUGAUUUAGCUGAUGUUUGCUCCUGGCCGGAUGAGGUUCGUCGCAAUCCCCACUACCGCUGGAGUAGUCCUUUGCAUUACGUAGACACACCUGACUUCAGGUGCAACUACCAAUACAGCAGAGAUUGCCAUGACUCUGCUGGACGCAAACACAGGUGUGUUACUGGAGCAAUUUACAACUACACAGCACAGAUUAUGCCAGUGCCUCAUAAAUCCCAUUUAUCAGUAGUCAAGUACAACUUGACUGAGGCACUUAUGUUCCUAUCUCAUUUUAUCGGUGAUGUCCACCAGCCAUUGCAUGUUGGCUUUACUGGAGAUGAAGGUGGGAACACAAUUGUUGUACGUUGGUACCGGAGGAAAACUAAUCUGCAUCAUGUGUGGGACAAUAUGAUAAUUGAAUCUGCGCUGAAGACAUUUUACAACUCAGAUCUCACAACAAUGAUUCAGUCUAUUCAGCGGAAUAUCACGGAGGCAUUUGUUGAAUUAUCAACUCAGAAAAAUUGCAAGGGUGCAGUUUGUCCAAACCCGUAUGCUUCUGAAAGUGUCAAUUUAGCUUGUAAAUUUGCCUAUAGAAAUGCCACUCCUGGAACCACCUUAGGAGACGAUUACUUCCUCUCUCGGCUGCCAGUUGUUGAGGACAGACUAGCCCAAGCUGGGGUCCGUUUAGCUGCUCUUCUCAACAGCAUUUUUUCUGUACACAAAUCAAUUGCAGAAGAAUGAAAACAACCAGAUGACAUAGAGAUGAAGCAGCACAAUAUCUGGAUCUGGACCAGACCAGUUUGUGCAUUAUCCCUCUUGGCUUGUGCUUUCCCUCACGUCAAGGCAUGGACUGCCUAAUUAAAUAGUUGAUUAUCUUCAAAGUCAACAUUUGCUAUAAAUCUAAGAAAUUGUACCUAUACAUGUCUUCAUAGUCACAUGACACAUUUCUUUAAAUGCUAGGAUACCUGUUAUCCUGGAAUAUGCCUGCCCAUCUUGCUUGUACUCAUAAGCAACUUAGCGGGCACUUGAAAUAAGGAAAAUCUUUAGCUUGUAAGCAUUGUAACCUUAUCAAUAGUUUACGUGUAUAUAUUCUCAGCCCAUGAUUAUGGUGGGUCACAUUGUCCA